GUUGUAACAUGGUGGUAACAGACUGUCAUUCAGAUCACAGUCAGCAAGCUCUAUCUUGCAAGAUGUCUGCAGAGUAUGAUGGUUUCAUGGCCUCAGACAAGAGGUGGUUUUGUCACGUAGACGAUGAUAACUACUUAAACCCGGAAGCACUCCUUUCUCUGCUCUCGGCCUUCUCCCAGGAUGGCGAUAUCUAUGUGGGCAAACCGAGCUUAGACAGACCCAUCACAGCUCACGAACUGUUGGAAGGAAACACAACGAACAGAAAUGAGAUGAAUGUGUUCUGUGUGACUUUAAGGGGCCCCCAGUUUGAGCGGACAUCAGCGAAAAUCCGGCUUCCUGACGACUGCACGGUGGGCUUCAUUGUUGAGAAGAGACUGGGCAUUUCCAUGGUCCACUGUCCCUUAUUCCAUUCUCACCUGGAAAACCUACUACUCAUAGGCCAAAGGAGCAUUCCACAGCAGGUAACACUGAGCUAUGGGAUAUUUGAGAACAAGAUGAACAGCAUUGAGGUGAAAGGAAGCUUCUCGAAGGAGGACGAUCCAUCU